AUGGCGAUCCUGACGAGUAGCAGUAGGGUGUUGCAGUACUUGAUCGUGCUGAAGAUAAAUGUCUUCCUCAACAGCCUGUCGCUUCAGGUGGUGGUGGCCAUGAUCGUCGGUAGCCUGCUGUCCAACACGUUCAAGUAUCAUGCGAAAAUGUUUAUCAUCGUGCUAAUGUCAUUUCUGGUGCUGGUCGUUCCGAUACCACUGUUUCUCUUCAAACCUCGCUGGCCACUGAAUGCGCUAAUUCCGGGCAUUGUGGCGUGUGCAUUUAUUCGACUGUUUGGUGUGGAAUAUGAAAUCCGAGGACAGGAGCAUAUUAACGUUCGUAAUGGUGGUGUUGUGCUGCUCAAUCAUCAAAGUGCAAUCGAUAUCGUGAUGUUAUCGCGAUUGCUGCGAGAGUUCCGUAACAUCGUGCCGGUGGUAAAGAAGGAACUGUUCUAUAUGCUCCCGUUUGGCAUCGCGUCCUACCUCGUGGGGGUUGUGUUUAUCGAUCGUAAAAAUACUGCCUCCGCAAAGGAUGUUAUGAAGCGGGAAGCGGUCGCCAUUACCAAAGACCAUCUAAAAUUGGCCAUUUUCCCGGAGGGUACGCGGCACGACAACGAUACGUUGCUACCGUUUAAGAAGGGCUCAUUCCACGUUGCCGUCGAUUCGCAAUCCAUCAUCCAACCGGUGAUCGUGUCCAAGUAUCACUUUCUCGAUCACAAACGCAAACGCUUCGGACGGGGCCGUGUGAUCAUUAAGAUUAUGCCCGAAAUCCCAACCAAGGGUAUGACGAAGGCGGAUGUGAACGAGCUCACCGAACGGUGCCAACAUCUGAUGCAGACGGAAUUCGAUGCGCUCAGUGCGGAAGCGAAACAAUACUGCCAUAACUGA